AUGUACAGGAUACAGCACAGCUUACGAGCUGUCGUCGAGCCUAUCCCUCCGAUACUCGCCAAGAGACUGGAGCAGCCUUCAAGCUCAAAGCGGCCGGCCGAACAAGCUGCGUACGCUUCGAAAGAGCUAUACGCUGCGCUCGUCUCUGCGCGUCAGAAGCAGCGUAACACGGCUAAAAGAAACGGGCAUGAUGAUACGGAGGAAGAGUAUGUGGGCGUUGCUGUGAGCUGGCCGAGGGAGAGGAGGCUGGAAGGGAAAGGAAAAGGCAGGGAAGGGAGUUUGGUGAUAUGGGUGGUGCCUGUCUUUGACGACGUCAUCACGGAGGGAAGAGUUCUAUAUGUUCCGCAGCAAUUGCUGCCACACUGCGCAACACCGCCCUUAACGGUCUCGAUACACCUCCACCAACCAAUCCCUCUCACCUCGGUCAUCCUCCAGCCUGUCGCCGAGUCGCAAGCUACUGCAGCACUUUACUCGGAUGGCGAUGGGGACCUCGAUACUAUACGACAUCACAUGCUUGAUGGUCCAGGACCCAAGCACCAUAUCAAUGGCAAUGGCAACGGUCACCAUCCCCGGCCGAGCCGUAUUAUCCGGGAAGGCGAAAUGCUGGACCCCUCAGAUGGCCCGGGCUACCGCAUCCUCAUGCUGGAGCCUGUCCGCCAAGGCGUAUUCUCGCCCGAUACACGCCUAAUCAUCUCCACGACACCUUACGUCCGGUCGGCGCAAAGCAACGGCUAUGACAUCGACGACCAUCAUUCCGAAUCAUCCCACCCUCGUACCCAUCUCUCGCUAGACGACUUUGAUCCGGACGCCUUCCUAUCUGCCUCUCUAUCCCUUCCCCAACCCAUCGAUAUCCCGGAUGGCGAAUCCCUCCCCUCGGCUUCGCUCGGCUCUCUGACAAACGGGUCAAAUACCAGCGGGUCACUCACGCCUCGUCCAGGCGACCCCCAGAGUCCCGUCAUCCCCGUCUUGGGGCCGCGAGACGAGGAGGAUACGAACGGAAACGGCCUAGAGACCGGUAUCCGCUUCUCUGCUGUGCGAUCAGCAGGUCCAGGCGAAGGAGGGGACGAGGUCUGCUGGGUCGGCGUGGGCGGAUUGGGCCGAGCUGGGAUCUUCGAGGGAGACUGGGUGUAUAUGGCCGGUAAGGGGGAGGGGCGGCUGGUCAAGGUGCUAGCGUGGGAACGUCUCGACCUAUACGACCCGGACCUACCUUCAGAUCCCAUCCUCAUCCCACCUGACCUCUUCCGCUCGCUCUUCCCUGACCCGUCAAGCUCAUCUACGGACAUCACCAUCUCGCCCACUCCAUUCGGCGCGCGAACUCCCACUCUACCUACAGCAAAGACGAUCACGCUCGCGCGGAUAGCCACAACCGAGGGCGUCGAUAAGCGGUAUGAGCGGUCUUGGCUAAAAGGGCUCCGGAGGCAUUUCGCCAAGGCGUCAGGGGAAGAGGGGAGACUGGUGAGGAGAGGGGAUGUGCUGGCGGUGCCGACAUGGCAAGAUCGGCCCAUGUCGGAGGAGGAAGGUGUGUCGGAUGAAGAGUCAGACGAGGAGGGAGCAGCAGCGGUGAGAACGCUCGCGACUGCUGUUGCCUACUUCCAGGUCACGUCCCUGUCAUUCGAUCCGCUCGUCCCCCUCGACGAGGACUUCCGGUCCUCGCUCUCGUCAAAAGCUCGGGCCGGAGAACUAGGGGUAUGGGCGGAUGUGGGGGGAAAUACUCGGAUGGUGCUGACCGGUGUGGAAAGGGGCAGGGUUGUGGCACCUCCGCCUACUCCAGCAUCACUCGUCGCCACCGCCAAGCUGCGUGACCUACUAUCAUCCUGUAUCUCUCGUCCAGGUAUGGGCGCCCUCCUCCAGCUCUCGAUAUUGCUGCAAGGCGCGAGGGGAUCCGGGAAGAUCAGCCUGAUACGGUCUCUUGCCGAUGAGCUCGGCUUCAAUGUCAUACAAGUUGACUGCUUUGACAUCAUUGGCGAUACCCAACAGAAUCUGCAAGGAACGCUCCAGGCUCGCGUCGACAAGGCCAAAUCUACCGCCCCAUCCAUCAUUGUCUUGCACCAUAUCGAGGCUCUCGCCAAAAAGUCCGACUCUGCCGCUACUGGUCGUCCACCUACUAUCGUCAAGGUGGUUGAAGAUGCGGUGGAUGCGUUGAGGGCGGCAGCAAAGGAGACUGGCUGGCCGUGUGUCUUGAUGGGGACCGUGGUGGAUCCAGAUGUCGUCCCUGGAGAGCUGUUGGGGGUGUUCAAGCAGGAUAUCGCCAUUAGUGCCCCAACCGAGGUCGAGCGAAGAAAUAUUGCAGAGAACAUCUUGUCCGAGUCUCAUCUCGCCCCGGACGUCACCUCAUCUGUCAUCUCGAGCCAGACCGCUGCGCUCCACGCGGGUGAUCUGCGCGCCCUGAUCGCGAAAGCGGAGAACCUUGCCAUUGUCCGCGGCACCACUACCUCCUCCCGCCCCGCUCUGGACGUACGGCUCGCCGGCCUCAGUCUUACUUCCGCCGAUAUUACAUCUGCUCUCUCAUCCGCCCGCUCCGCCUACUCGGACAGUAUCGGCGCCCCCAAGAUCCCCAACGUCUCCUGGGACGAUAUCGGCGGUCUCGCCGGCGUCAAGGAUGAGAUCUUGGAAACCAUUCAACUCCCCCUUGACCACCCUGAGCUCUUCGCUUCCGGUCUCAAAAAGCGGUCCGGUAUCCUCCUCUACGGUCCGCCCGGAACAGGCAAGACCCUACUCGCCAAAGCAGUCGCUACCUCCUGCUCCCUCAACUUCUUCUCCGUCAAGGGCCCCGAAUUGCUCAACAUGUAUAUCGGCGAGUCCGAGGCGAACGUGCGUCGGGUGUUUCAGCGGGCUCGCGAUGCGGCGCCCUGCGUGGUGUUUAUGGAUGAGCUGGACAGUGUCGCUCCGAAGAGAGGGAACCAGGGGGAUUCGGGUGGAGUGAUGGACCGGAUCGUGUCCCAGCUGCUCGCGGAGCUGGAUGGGAUGGGAUCGAGCGGAGGCGGAGACGUUUUCGUCAUGGGCGCAACAAACCGGCCGGAUCUGCUCGACAGCGCGCUCCUCCGGCCCGGUCGAUUCGAUCGGAUGGUCUACCUCUCGCCACCCCAAACGAGGGGCGAGCAGCUGAGCAUCCUCCGCGCUCUGACCAGGAAGUUUGCGCUGCACCCUGACCUGGAUCUCGGGGCGGUGGUGGAGCGCUGCGGGUACAAUCUGACCGGGGCGGACUUUUACGCGCUCGCGAGCGAUGCGAUGUUGGGCGCGAUGACGGGGGCGGCGGAACGUGUGGACGGAAGGAUACGGGAGUUGGAAGCGGGGAGGAAGGGGAUGAAUGGAGAUGCCGCGGGGCAUAAUGGGGAGGGUAUGGCUUGGCCGUCCCCCUUGACACCGCAGUACUACUUGGACAGGAUGGCUACGCCGGAGGAGGUGCAGGUGGUGGUCGGCCAGGAGGACUUCUUCGGGGCGCUGGCGAGGCUGCGGCCGAGUGUGAGCGACGAGGAGAUGAAGCAUUACGAGAGGGUGCAGGGGGAGUUCAGGGGUAUGAGUAUGGGGAAUGGGCUCAAGGCGGGGAGCGGGCAUGAUUAG